AUGGUUUCGAGGCCAUCUGUUGACGGUUUGGAGCCGACAAUGUCAACACAGUCGGAAAUUGUCAGCGUUGUCGCUGGUACCACCAAGGACAUGGGCAGUACAAUCCAAGAGCUGAAGGGCGUCGAGAAAUCCCAUCAGUGGGAUCCAAAUCUUCCUCAGGAUGAGAUUGACACUAUCAACGAGACCACCAGCGCGGAUGAUCAAGAGAAGGCCGCUGAGUUUCAGAAAUCGAUGGCUCAGAACUCUCAGUAUGAAUCUGUCCGUGCUGCCGUGCGUCCGACAGAUGACGGGGAAAUGGCGAAUACAGUGCGUGCAUGGAUUCUUGGUAUGAUAUUUGUGACGAUUGGAAGUGGACUGAAUAUGUUCUUGAGCAUGAGGAGCCCGGCAAUUUCUUUUCCUUCAAUUGUUGUGCAGUUGGUUGUCUACCCGAUAGGCUGUCUCUGGGCAAGAGUAGUGCCUAGUCGAAAAUUCAAUACAUUCGGAAUUCAAUGGUCCUUCAACCCAGGUCCUUUUACCAUCAAAGAACAUACAGUGGUCACGCUUAUGGCAAACGUGGCAAUCGGGUAUGCAUACUGCACUGAUGCGCUUUUGGCCCUGAAAGCAGCACCCCUAUACGACUUGGAUAUUGGCUGGGGAUUUGAGCUUCUGUUUGCGUUGAGCAGUCAGGUUAUUGGAAUAUCCCUCGCGGGAAUUUUCCGUCGUUUCCUCGUGUGGCCUGCUGCUAUGAUUUGGCCUACUCAAUUUGCCAAUACAACUUUGUUUUAUGCACUGCAUGAUCAAAGUCCCUCCGAUCCGUCGCAGACCAAUGGUUGGUCUAUCUCGCGCUACCGCUAUUUCAUGUAUGUCAUGAUUGGCGCGUUUUGCUGGUAUUGGUUCCCCGGAGUCAUCUGGCAAGGCCUAUCCAUUUUUGCCUUUGUGACUUGGAUCAAACCUAACAAUGUCGUGCUGAAUCAAUUAUUUGGCGGCUUCACGGGACUUUCACUUAUUCCCUUGACAUUUGACUGGACCUACGUCUCUGCAUACCUUCUUGACCCCUUGCUGUCACCAGUUCAUUCACUCGUGAACACUUUCAUUGGUCUAGUGGUAUUCGUUAUAAUUGCCUCUAUUGGAAUCUCUUACACAGGAGCAUUCUAUUCCGAUUAUCUUCCCAUCAACACAUCGACCACUUAUGACAAUACACAGCAGCAGUACAACGUUACUAAAAUCCUCGGAGAUAAUUUCAGUUUUGAUGAGGCAAAGUACAAGGCCUAUUCACCUAUGUUUCUCGCUCCAACUUUCCUUCUGAACUAUGGCCUCUCUUUCGCGGCCUUAACGGCAGUCAUCGUUCAUGUCAUUCUUUACAAUGGAAAAGAAAUCUGGCGAAGGGCAAAGGACGCUCAGAACCAAGAGCCCGAUAUUCAUUUGACGCUCAUGAACAAAUACCGAGAUGCCCCUGAAUGGUGGUAUGGAGUACUUUUCCUGUUUGCGACUGCACUUGGCCUAGGAGGUGUACUUGGAUUUGACUCACAGCUGCCUUGGUGGGCAUUUUUCGUGUCUCUCAUCAUAGCUCUGGUUUUCAUCAUCCCAACCUGCAUGAUCAUGGGUGUCACAAAUAUCAUGCUUUCUCUCAAUGUUCUGUCUCCGUUUUUGGCUGGUUUUAUGAUUCCAGGAAAGCCAAUCGGUGUCAUGGUAUUCAAAGUGUUCAGCACAAUUACACUGGGACAAGCUCAGACUUACUGUCAAGAUAUGAAGCUGGCCCAUUACAUGAAAAUUCCACCUCGUGUGACUUUUAUGUGCCAAGUAAUCCCGACAUUGUGGGCCUGUUUUGUCCAGAUAGCAGUCAUGAACUGGACCCUAGGAAAUAUUGAAGGUGUCUGUACUGAGGACCAAACAGCACAUUUCACUUGUCCAAAUGGACGGACAUUUUUCUCUUCCAGCAUUGUUUGGGGUGUAAUUGGACCACAGCGUGUCUUCGGGGCCGGCUCAAUGUACACGCCGAUCCUGUACUUCUGGUUACUUGGAGCCUUGCUUCCAGUGGUGUUCUACCUCUUGAUGCGUAAAUUCCCGAAAUCAAAGGCCCGGUUCCUCAAUGCGCCAGUAAUGCUCGGCGCCAUGGCCUGGCUUCCACCGGCCACACCAAUCAGCUUCACAUCUUGGGUCAUUUUUGGUCUGAUAUUUAACUGGUGGAUUCGCGGCAGAUGGGGUGGGUGGUGGCGGCAGUACAACUAUGUUACUGCUGCUGCUCUUGAUACGGGGCUCAUCAUCUCGACGAUCGUUAUUUUCUUCGCUAUAACUCUCCCCGGUGCUGCCGCCCCUGCCUGGUGGGGAAAUACAGCUCCGUUUGAGACUAUGGACUAUCUUUACACGGCUAUUCGAAAGACAGUAUCGCCUGGAGAAACCUUCGGACCAGCUAAAUGGUAG